UGAGCGUGUAAUUACAGAGAAGCGAAGGGGGGCAGCUCUACAAUGGGAGGAGUCUAAUGUGACGAUCUGUGCGUUUCGUCUAGUCCUGCAGCAAAAAAACCUCGGUGUUUAAAACGAUCCUUAUCAAGCUGCACGUUUAUGGACAUAUAUGAUCAAUUAUAACUAAAUUAAUGUAAUGCGCUGGGAAUGGAAGGAAACCUGAAGUCUGAUGUUUCGUAGUCCGUUUCGCUUUUUGGAUAAAGACGGUCUAUUCUUUUUUUUGCGACCGCUGCUCAGGCUUUAGGAGGCAUGUUAUCGCAAUGAAGGUGGAGUCCCUUUUCCUCGCUAGAGCAUAUGACUUCUUUGCACGGAUCGAGAAAUAAAAUCAUUGAUGCAGGUGGACAUCAAAUUGCCUUUAAAAGUUUAACUUUAAACCACCAGGGUCUGGCCUAUGUGAAAUUUUAGUUGUUUUCGAGAAAAUACGUUUUGUGUAGGGAGGGAAUCACAGGGACAAUCUUGCUUGGAAGAAAAAUAUUACCGAAUCGCCAGCUAAAUAUAAAAAGCAUUGGAUCUACACCAAUUGAGCAUCUUACUUCUUACUACAAUCCCUACCUCAGGAAACAUGUCAUCUCAAACUAAAUUCAAGAAGGAUAAGGAGAUAAUUGGGGAGUACGAGACUCAAGUGAAAGAGAUUCGCAACCAGCUGGUGGAGCAGUUCAAAUGCCUGGAGCAGCAGUCCGAGUCACGCCUUCAACUGCUGCAAGACCUGCAGGAGUUCUUCCGCCGCAAGGCGGAGAUCCAGCUGGAGUAUUCCCGCAGCCUGGAGAAGCUGGCUGAGCGCUUCUCCUCCAAGAUCCGCAGCUCUCGGGAGCACCACCAAUUCAAGAAGGACCAGCACCUCCUUUCGCCUGUGAACUGCUGGUAUUUGGUCUUGAACCAGACUAGACGUGAGAGCCGGGAUCAUGCCACACUAAACGACAUCUACAUCAACAAUGUCAUCGUGCGCUUGUCGCAGAUCAGUGAGGACGUCAUCAGGCUCUUCAAGAAGGUGAUGAAGACCUACCACAUGUACCACACAGAGAGCCUCAGUGCAGAGAGCAAGCUGAAGGAGGCCGAGAAGCAGGAGGAGAAGCAAUUCAGCAAGUCAGGAGACAUCAAUAUCAACCUGCUGCGCCAUGAAGACAGGCCCCAGAGGCGCAGCUCUGUGCGGAAGAUGGAGAAGAUGAAGGAGAAGAGACAAGCCAAGUACUUUGAAAACAAGCUGAAAUGCACCAAGGCGCGGAAUGACUAUCUGCUCAACCUGGCAGCGACAAACGCCGUUGUGGCAAAAUAUUACAUCCAUGACGUGUCUGACAUGAUAGAUUGCUGUGACCUAGGGUACCAAGCCAGUCUGGCCCGCGCCUUCAGGACAUUCCUGUCAGCAGAGUAUAACCUGGAAACCUCACGACAUGAGGGCCUGGAUAUCAUUGAGAAUGCUGUGGACAACCUGGAUGCUCGCAGUGACAAGCACAAGCUCAUGGACAUCUACAACCAGGUCUUCUGCCCGCCCAUGCGCUUUGAGUACCUGCCCCACAUGGGUGAUGAGGUGUGCCAGGUCAGCGCCCAGCAGCCCGUGCAGACUGAGCUGCUGAUGCGGUACCACCAGCUGCAGUCCCGUCUCACCACGCUGAAGAUUGAGAAUGAGGAGGUGAGGAAGACGCUGGAUGCCACCAUGCAAACGCUGCAGGACAUGCUGACGGUGGAAGACUUCGAUGUGUCUGACGCAUUCCAGCACAGCCGCUCCACCGAGUCCAUAAAGUCUGCUGCCUCUGAGACCUACAUGAGCAAGAUGAAUGUCGCAAAGCGCCGAGCCAAUCAGCAGGAGACUGAAAUCUUCUACUUCACGAAAUUCAAGGAAUACCUGAACGGCAGCAACCUCAUCAUUAAACUGCAGGCGAAACAUGACCUCCUGAAGCAGACACUGGGAGAAGGGGAAAGGGCCGAAUGUGGAACAACCAGGCCCCCCACACUUCCCCCUAAGCCACAGAAAAUGCGGAAGCCUAGACCCCGCUCCGUGUAUAACCAUAAGCUGUUUAAUGGCAAUAUGGAGACCUUCAUCAAGGAUUCAGGUCAGGCUAUUCCUCUCGUGGUGGAGAGCUGUAUUCGCUACAUCAAUCUGUAUGGUCUGCAGCAGCAGGGAAUAUUCAGAGUUCCUGGCUCUCAGGUCGAAGUCAACGAUAUUAAAAAUUCAUUCGAGAGAGGAGAAGAUCCUCUGAUUGAUGACCAGAACGACCAUGACAUCAACUCUGUGGCAGGGGUGCUGAAGCUCUACUUCCGCGGCCUGGAGAACCCCCUCUUCCCCAAGGAGCGCUUCUUGGACCUGAUCUCCACUAUCAAACUUGAAUCGUCUGUUGAGAGGGCCCACCAUAUCCAGCAGAUCAUCGUCACCCUUCCUCGCUCUGUCAUCAUCGUCAUGAGAUACCUGUUUGCCUUCCUUAACCACUUAUCGCAGUACAGCGACGAGAACAUGAUGGACCCCUACAACCUGGCCAUCUGCUUCGGGCCCACACUGAUGCCCAUCCCUGACGGGCAAGACCCUGUGGCCUGCCAGGCCCAUGUCAAUGAGGUCAUCAAGACCAUCAUAAUCCACAACGAGAUCAUCUUCCCCAGCAACCGUGAGCUGGACGGGCCUGUCUAUGAGAAGUGCAUGGCGGGAGGCGAGGAAUACUGUGACAGCCCUCACAGUGAACAGGGCACCAUUGAUGAGGUGGACAAUGGCACAGAGCCACACACUAGCGAUGAUGAAGUGGAGCAGAUCGAAGCCAUCGCCAAGUUUGACUAUACCGGCCGCUCCCCACGGGAGCUCUCCUUCAAGAAGGGCGCGUCCCUGCUGCUGUACCACCGUGCCUCUGAGGACUGGUGGGAGGGCCGGCACAACGGUGUCGAUGGGCUCAUUCCACAUCAGUACAUCGUGGUGCAGGACAUGGACGACGCCUUUUCCGACAGCCUGAGCCAGAAGGCUGAUAGCGAGGCCAGCAGCGGGCCGCUCCUGGACGACAAGGCCUCCUCCAAAAACGACAUGCCGUCCCCCUGCGAGGCCUCGCCUGACUACGGCUUUGGGGGGGUCAUGGGAAGAGUGCGCUUACGUUCCGACGGAGCUGCCAUUCCCCGUCGCCGCAGUGGCGCCGACGGCCACAGCCCUCCUCGGGGUGUGGACACCCCCCCGCGGGCUGCCGCCUGCCCCAGCAGCCCCCACAAGAUAGCCAUCAACAGGGGGCGUAUAGAGAGCCCCGAGAAGCGACGGCUGGGCACGUUCGGCAGCGUGGGCAGCAUCAACUACCCCGACAGGAAGGUCUACCCAGAGGGCCACCCGCUGAGGCCGGUGCCAGGGGCCACGCGCCACAGCAGCCUGGGGGAUCACAAAUCCUUGGAGGCGGAGGCCCUCGCCGAGGACAUAGAGAAGACGAUGAGCACGGCCCUGCACGAGCUACGCGAGCUGGAGCGCCAGAACACAGCCAAGCAGGCCCCAGAUGUGGUGCUGGACACGCUGGAGCCCAUGAAGAAUCCAGCAGGCUCAGAGCCGGGCAGCCCGCUGCACACUAUCAUGAUCCGCGACCCGGACGCUGCCCUGCGGCGCAGCAGCAGCUCCAACACUGAGAUGCUGAGCACCUUCAAGCCGGCGCUGUCAGCUCGGCUGGCUGGGGCCCAGCUGCGGCCGCCGCCCAUGCGGCCCUCCAGACCCGCCCCAGCCCAGCACCGCUCCAGCAGCUCCAGCUCCUCUGGAGUGGGCAGCCCUGCCGUCACCCCCACCGAGAAGAUCUUCCCUAACAACUCCUCGUCAUCCGACAAGUCCGGCACCAUGUAGCCCUGACAGCAGACUUCCCUGCGGUUCGAAGGAGAUGUUAGACAUUUGUGCGCUUUAGACUUUUGUUUGAAUCUUUUUCUUUCUAGAAUCUUCUAGACUGUUUACUUUGCAGCCUUGGUGAUGGGCCAUGUGGAAAAAUUCAGAGGGAGUGUAAACAUUUUUAUCACUGCACUGCAUCAUGAGCUUAAGGGAAAACAAGAAACAUGCCGUAGCCACAGAAAUGUAUUUGAACUUUUAUUUCUAAUUUUUACCUCAGAAAAAAUGAACAUUGAAAGACUUUAGAGUUAAAUUUAAGUUGAACAUCUCUUCCUGCUUGCCCAGCUUCUCUUUCAGAGACUGCAGAAGAUGCAGGUAUGAGAGGGGCCUGGCAUUUCUGUCCUGCACUGGUCAUCCUGACAUUUGACAGUUCUUGCCUUCAAAGGGCUGGUCAGAUUUUGAGAGAUUACCUGGUAUAUCCUGUGUCUCCCAGACUGGAUCUAACGUCUUCAUCAGAAUUUCUCUCAAAGGUUGUGAUCUCCUCGACCAACAGCCUGUGGGUUGUAUAUAAGUACUUACUUGAAGUGGUAUUCCUUUUGUUUGUAGUUCAAGGGAUAUUCAUCAAAAUAACAACAUAGAGAACUUGUACAAGUAUAUGAGAUGCAGAAACCUAAAACCAAUAUUCUACCUAAUCGUAACAUACCUGUGUAUGACAUGUAGUUUAAUCUGUAUAUUAACUUGAGUAGACAUUUUUUUGUAUGUGUGACAUUGUACAGUUUGAGACGGAACAGGCAAGACGAUGGCAGAAGAGAAUGGUGUUUAUUUCUAAACAAAGCACACACAAAGGAAACUAAAAUCUGUGUGCAAAAAGAGUGCACAUUCAAUUUUGUUUUUUUUUCUUGUUUGUUGCAAACAAAAUUUCACUGAGAUGUUGAUGACAGUGAUAUUUUGAAAAGGUGUGUAUUUGCAGUGAAUUCCCACUCCAAAUCAUUAACAUAUUUAUGAUUCAACAUAGUGCUAAUGCCACAUUUCAUUUAUAGGAGUUUACAAAUAUGAUGUUUACAUUGUUUUACAUUCAUGCACAUUCCAUUCUUUAUUGCAUUCCAUAUCUGUUCAUAUUUUGUGAAUUAUCACAGGACUUAAUCUUCUCUGUUUGAAAAUGGCUUUAGGGAUCCAGUAAUGACAGUACUUUGACAGUGACUGUACAGGUCUUGGGAACCUGGGGUAAGGAUCUACUGAGGAGGCACCACUGCACAUUCAAAGGAUCUUUCACAAGCCAGACAAUUAUUGAAUUCUAUAACUUUUUCAGCACAUAUUUUCCAGAGAUGCAUCCAUCCAUUCAACUUCCAAAUGUCAGAGUUGCAGGGGACUUGGAGCCUGACACAGGCAGCAUGGAACUUAAGGCUGGGGUACCAGUAUGUUUCCACAGAUUAUCUUUCAAAUGCAGUUGUGUCCAGUCCACACUUCUUCCUGUCUAAGCAGAUGGGUCUUACAACCCUGCCACAACAAAGCUAGAUGCCCAUUCCUGAGAAUCCCACCCAAAUCUCAGUGACCCCCAGGAGGCUGCUGGUUCUUUUUAAACUCUGUUACUACAGGGUGCUGGAUACAGCGUCAUUUGGAGUCACACAGCAUUCAGGUCGGGCUCUAAAGACGCAUCUGAUGCUCCCUUUAAUGUAGUUCCUUAACAUUUAACAUGUUUGUGUUCAGAUCUGUAUAUUGUUACAGCCUCCAGGUGGGUGGAUGUUUCUUUGGGUGUGUCAUGGUGUUCCUGGUCUAUCCAGUCUUACUGUGGUGUGGUUGAUUAUUUUUAAAGUCAUACUGCAAAUGAACCAUUCAGCACAGAAACAAAAAAUAUUCAAAGCAUAAAAUAUUCAAAGAUGUGUCACAUCUUAGACAUAACAUUAAUCUUAAUUAUGUUCCAUGACUUCUGAUACCUUCAAAGCAGAUAAGUUCCUGUCUGGUAUGAUCAGUUACUCGAGCCUUUCUGAUACUUUCAUGUAUUUAGCUGGUUUUUCAAAUGUUCUUUUUAUCUACUGGUCAGUCUGAAAUCUGUACCCAGCUGAAAGUGUUCAUCCUGCUUUUUAAAGCUACGUUGCAUUAACUUGUUUAACCACUGGGGGUUGCCUGUGUAUCCAAAAGAAAAUUAAAUGGCUGAACAGAAAACUUUCCCUUGGUUUUGUGAAAAACAUCAGUUGUCAAGUAACAUAUCUGCUACAUUUUGUUUUGAAAGUUUGUAGACAGCAAAUUUUAAUAUUUUCUGGACAUCAGUACUUUUAUGAUGAUAACAUCAUCACUCUAACCCCUCUCCCCCAGAAAUACAUUAGUCUGUUUAAAACUAAACAUAUAGUUUCAUAUUCUCAUUUAUUUCAUUAAAACACACACAAUACACAAAAUCACACAACACUUUCCUGGUUAUAAUUGUUAGUUUCUUGUGUAUUCUGUCGUAUGAAAAAUAUGACUGGAUGAUGCUGAGAUGCUUGCUGGAAAUGACAUGAAACUUGGAAUGACAAGCUGUGAAGCACAGGCUUGGUGAUUAAGACAGGAAACGAAAAUGCACUCUCUUUGGUGUAGAUGUUAACCACAUACACUGAAACAAACCAUCAUCAAAAAGAGAAACAUCCAACAGUAUUUCCUUUGAAUGGUUGAACUUUGAACUUGUUGAAGUCUUCUAUAGCUCAAUGUCUAAUUUGUAUGUUUUGGCUUAAGGUGGAUUUGUAACAUACAGCCAUUUUGGCCCCACAGUGAAAGCAGAAAAACAUAACACCUUAAAUGAGUUUACUUCAGUCAGAUUUAAUGUCAUAUCUGGACAACCUCUUGCCUGUUCCAGUCUGAUCUAUAAAUUGCUUGCAUUGCUGCAAAAAUUUACUGGAAAAUACUGUCAAGAUUUGUGUUUUUAAUUCAAAUGUGAUGAUGUCCCAGAAUCUGACAGAUUCUUGAUGUCACUUUAAGUGGUUAAAUGUCUCAGUGUAAGGAAUAUCUGGCAGUCCAUCAUUCCUUCUCCUCAGUCCUUCAUCCAACGUGCUCUGUCCAUGUUGCCGAAGUUAUGUCUCUCAAACCCUUCCCCUCUCUGUCUCAGAAUGCAUCUCACUUUUGUCCAUUUUGCGAGAUGAUUUGUGAACAAACCUCCAAUCAGCAGGUGUCAAAAGAGUGAAUAGCACAGCAGUUGCCUUGUUUGGUGCUGUUUUGCGGACCCUGUGGCAUUGUGGCGGGCUGGCAUCUUUUGAGGUAGCAUGAGUCUGCAUGUCUCUGCCCUUGUGUGUGGUGGGGAGGUCAGACGUGGCAGCAUUGAGUGUUUAUUCUGUACCUUCUUUCAAAACCCACUUGAUGUGACAGUUUGACAGAGACUGUUUGUCGUGCCUUCUUGUUAACAUGCACAAUGUACGCCUUUGCCUUCAGUUUUGUGGGGUAAGGGAAACAGAGAAUGCCUAUAGAGACCUGGUGUGAACAUUGUAGGUGUAACUUCUGGAUUAUUUCGGCUGAGAAGAGGGUAAGUGAAAGGUACAGAGAAUAUAUACCAUCAAGAGCCUCAGGAAGCAAUACUUGUAAUCCUGACAAUAUUUGGUUAUAGUGCAUAUGCUGUUAUGUAGAUAGAUCUGAGAUCCAAAAAUUAAAUUCAGAGUGUUUGAAGCCUUCAGCCCUCCUUUGUAACACUGCAUCUCAGAUUAGUGUUUCAUGUGGUCUCUCCUUUGUAACACUAUAUCUCGGAUUAGUGUUUAAGGGUUUCCCCUAUGUAACACUGUAUCUCAGAUUAACAUUUGAAUGGGUUUCUCCUUUGUAACACUAUAUCUCAUAUUAGCAUUUGAAAGGGUUUCUCCUUUGUAACACUGUAUCUCAGAUUAACAUUUGAAGGGGUUUCUCCUUUGUAACACUAUAUCUCAUAUUAGCAUUUGAAAGAGUUUCUCCUUUGUAACACUGUAUCUCAGAUUAACAUUUGAAGGGGUUUCUCCUUUGUAAGACAAUAUCUCAGAUUAGCAUUUGGAGUGGGGUUUUCCUAUAUAACACUGUACCUCAGAUUAGCAUUUGAAGGGGUUUUUCCUUUGUAAAACUAUAUCUCUGAUUAGUGUUUGAAGGGUUUCUCUUUUGUAGCACUAUAUCACAGAUUAGCUUUUGAAGGGGUUUCUCCUUUGUAACACUCUUUCUUGGAUUAGCUUUUGAAGGGUUUUCUAAGGGCAGACUUCAGUGCCGUGUUUUUACUAGAACAAGGCCGAUGAAAUGGUCCUGCAGCAGUUCCUCUGGAUGGUAGGAAACAGUAUUGUGACUCAUAGAAAGUCAAGGAAUUUUAGGACAUAUUCCUCUAUCUGUGUAAAGAAAUAAUAUGUUUGAGCUUUUCCUUUCCAUUGUAGCUGAGACGAUAGUAUGGAAUAUGACAUCAACAAUAUGGCCACUGAAGGCAUACGCUACAUAACUGCCUCCCAUUACUCCCAGUAAGUAAGUAAACUUUGCCAGUCAUUCUGACUUGACAAUACAAUAGUUGAGAAGUGCCAGUAGUCAGUCAGUGAUUGGUCAAUGCAGUUCUGGUUUUAAUUUUAGUGAACACACGGCACAGGAAUCUUGCCAUUCUAUCAUCUGGUAUGCUGACCCCUAGCUAAGGAUGAGAAGCCUGAGCAGGCAAUAUUAGAAUUUGGUAUGCAAUUGCCCACCCUCUGGUGGCCAACUUUAGCAUUGCUCCUCUCAUAAUGAGAAGUUUUUUUAUUCUGUAGGUUACCAUUCCUUGUAAAGCCAUUAAUUAGACAGAUCUGUCGCAUUUUCUCUUGAAGGAUAUGCACAAUGAACAGUCCAUUUGCUUUGAUCAACAGCCUGUCAUUUCAGAUACUAAGCACUUUUUCUACAAGCUACAGUAUAGAAAAUUUAAGCCCAUUUUCUUAUGUUUCAAAAUUCUUAUAAUGCUUAUUUGAAGAUCAUACAUAUAAUAAAAAGCACAGAGUUAAUAAAUUCUAAGCAAAUGGCUUAUUGACAGAUAUCAAAGAUACUGUGUUGACAUUUAAUGUUACAGUAGUAUUUUGAUAAUUUAUUGCCUUUUAGAUUUUUUUCCUAAGGGGUAUUUUUAAAGUGCCUUUGGUGCACAUCAUCAUUUUUUAACAGACGUGAAUAAUUGCUUUUUUAAACGAUACUGUGUAUGUUUGAUCAUACUUGAUCUUUAGACAUUUUUGUUGUUUCAUACUGUAACCGAAAUCAAACCCAUACACUGUCAUCAGAGGGAACCAAAUGGCAUUUAGGUUGUUGAAACGAAGGAGGUGACGUGAUAUGUAUGACUUUGCAUUUAGGCCAUAAAAAAGUGGAAAAAUAUGAAUGAAACCUGUUACACAUCCACAGCUACUGGAAGAAUUUCUAUCAAUACUGUAGAUCUGAUAUACCUGACCUGUAUCAACUUCCUUAUAUAUAAAUGUGAGGUGAAAAGCAAGACCUUGAGUUUUGAAAUUAAACAGUCAUGGUGGAUGUAUGUUCACUGGCUACAGGAAGCUCAUUGCCAGCACCUUGAGUUCAUUCAAACUUGAGUUUCACAUUUCAUGGCUUGAUUUAUGUUCAUUUAUGUUCUCUGUGGUCAGUUACUCCCUUCACCUAUGAUCUUGGCCAUUUGAUGUAUAAAAAAAGUGCUCACACUUCCAAUCUAACAAAUCUCAGAGUUUACGCCAACUUUAGCUCCUUUAAAAUAACCACUUCUGUCCAAGGCAACUGUGCAUUGACCUCCCAGCAAGCAAUGAAAUGUUGUGAUGUUUGACGUGUAAUAAACUGAGAGUGUGGAAUAAGAAA